AUUCUUCACUCAAAUUCAGACCAUUCAUUUAAUAGUUUUUAACCCACACCGAUCUACAUCCAAAGGACCACGUUCUUAAUUCGUCGAAAUAUUUCUCGGACAGCUAAAACGGAUUAGAAAAACCAGCAGAUCACUUAUAAACAGAUUGCCAUAUGUAUGAAUUCCAAGUUUAGAAUCGAUAUUUACUAGGGAGAUGAGUGGAGGUCAGGGAGCGGUGCACCCAGUGGAGGCGCCGCCGCUGCAGACUGAGAGAGCGAACCUGCUGCUGCCUCGGAACAGGAUGAAGGACCUCCAGGGUAUGCCCGGGACUAUAGGAGGCCUCUUCUUGCGAUUCUCUCAGAUGUUCUUCGCGGUCCUUGCUUUCUCGGUCAUGGCCACCACCAGUGACUUUCCCUCUGUCACUGCCUUCUGCUAUCUUGUUGCUGCUGCUGGUUUGCAGAGCUUGUGGAGCCUUGCCCUUGCAAUCGUUGACAUAUAUGCUCUUCUUGUAGGACGUUGCCUGCAGAAUUAUCAAGUUGUUAGUUUAUUUGCUAUGGGUGACGGGGUCGCUUCUACCCUUACGUUUGCUGCAGCCUGUGCAUGCGCUGGCAUCACUGUUCUCAUCCACAAUGAUCUCGGUGCAUGUGAUAGGAAUCACUGCACAGAGUUUGAGACUGCUACAGCUAUGGCCUUCAUUAGCUGGUUUUGUGCAUUACCAUCGUUUCUGUUAAAUUAUUGGUCCUUGGCAUCCCGAUGAAUUUCAAAAUACAUAUUAUCCAACGAAUGAAGACGGUUAUUGUAAGAUUUAUCUGAAGGCUUUGUGAAUCCAUGUAAUUUCUUCUGCUUGUAUUCGUCGAAAUUGUAAGAUGUAUAUAACUAAAGAUUGAUGUUGUCAAGUGUCGUCGUAACAGUGUAAAUGUAACAUUUUGUUUCCAUGUGUGGAAGGUUUUCUUUUGGCGCAUUCCAUUGCUA